AUGAAGAUCUCUGCGAUUAUGUCCACCUUUAUGGUUGCCGGCCUCGUUGCCGCUGCUCCUCCGGCCCCUGCUCCUACUACUACCGAUCUCCAGCCCCAGGGCCCUCCUCCUACCGGUGGUCCUCUCCCCCCCAAGGCCCCUGAGAACGACAACGACAAGCGUGACAACGUUCCUCCGCCUCAGGGCCCUGCUCCAAAGAAGCCGGCGCCCCCCAAGCGUGGUGAUGUCCCUCCUCCUGCUCCCAAGGAGCCCCAGCCCCAGCCUGAGGACGGUCCCCACGGCAAGCGUGGUGAUGUUCCUCCUCCUGCCCCGAAGGGCCCCAAGCAGGAUGGCGCGCACCCUAAGCGGGGAGAUGUCCCUCCUCCUCCCAAGGGGGAGCAGCCUCAGCCCCAGCCUCAGCACCCCAAGCGUGGUGAUGUCCCCCCUCCCAAGGGAGCGAAGCCUCAGCCCCAGCCCCAGCCCCCCAAGAACGGUAACUAG